AUGGCGAACACCAAAGCAUCACGGCGUCAAAAAAAAGCAAAGGCACGCCAAAACGAGGCCACCGAGUCACCCGCGUUGCCCGAUGUAAAACAACCAGACUCUGCAGCUGCAAAGACGACGCCAGAGAAUCAUAAGCAUUGCAAUCAAGUCAGGAACGAGCCGAUUGAAGAUUCGGUGACUUCAGCGGCAUCAUCCCUGGCGAAUCCGGUCAACCAUAUAGACACUCCGCUUCUAGGGUCACUCCCCGAGCGCCCUUUCAGCCAACCUUCGAGCCCAGUCCGCUUGUUCAUAGCCUCUCUUGGGAAUCCAGCACCAUACCAGAACAGCAGGCAUUCGGCAGGGCACAUUCUUCUCCACGCCCUACAAUCCCACCUCGGCUUACCUUCUUUCAAACGGUCCAAGCCGUACGCUAGGGGCUUCCUUUCACUCGGCGCAGACGUCGGUCGACCCGAGCUGACUCUUUGGCAAUCGCCAGCCUCCAUGAACGUCUCGGGAAGCGCGGUGUUGAAAGCAUACAAGCACUUCGUCUCAACAGUGACCUCAGAGGCAUCGACGCUGUUGGUGGUGCUACACGAUGAGAUGGAAGCUGGAGUAGGUCAGCUCAAGGUCCGUCGCGGGUUUAUGAGUGCCAAGGGCCAUAACGGGAUCAAGUCGGUGCAGCAGAGCUUGCAGUCUGCCGGUCUCAUGAAGACACUGCUCGAUGGCGAUAAUGAAGGAAGGCUCGUCAAGAUCGGUAUUGGUAUUGGUAGGCCUAGCGGCGGCACCAGGGCGAAAGACGACGUUUCGGCCCACGUGUUGGCCGAUUUCACCCACGAGGAGAGGAUGGACGUUGAAGGCAGUGUGGGGAGACUGGUGGGCAUUCUCGAGGAUGAAAGUGCGAGAGUCGCUGCGUAA